UUAACACAGCUAGCCAAAUGUCACAGGCAACAAGGCAAAGAAGAAGACAAACUGGAGGACUUUUAAAAGACAUAAUUCCACAAAGAAGAAAAGACAGCAACACAAGGACGAGGAUGGUGGGAAUGCCCAGUGCUUUAAAUUACGGUAGAGAGAAGAAGACCCCUGCCAUGCCCGGUUCUCCUGUGGAUGCUAAGACUCAUUCCAGAUCAGCCCCCAGCAGCAGCUCCAGCUCCACGAUGCCUCCCCUGCCCUCCGUCAACCCCAGCGGCCCUCGUCCGGCCUCCUUCUCCACCACAGCAUUGACAAACGGGAAUCACCAUUCCCCACCUACCCUGAACGCAGUGCCAUCUCCACCACAGCGCUACAGCAACGGACCUUCUUCUUCCUCAUCCUCGUCGCUGGCAAACCAGCAGCUGCCGGCCACCUGUGGGGCUCGCCAGCUGAGCAAGCUGAAACGCUUCCUGACCACGCUGCAGCAGUUUGGGAACGACAUCUCUCCUGAGAUCGGAGACAGCGUCCGAAGCCUGGUUCUGGCCCUCGUAAAUUCAACAGUCACCAUUGAGGAGUUUCAUUCCCGUCUUCAGGAGGCCACAAACUUCCCCUUACGGCCCUUUGUUAUUCCUUUCCUCAAGGCAAACCUUCCCCUUCUGCAGAGGGAACUCCUUCACUGUGCACGGGCAGCCAAGCAGACCCCAGCCCAGUACCUGUCCCAGCAUGAGCACCUCCUGCUCAGCACCACCUUGGCCUCUUCCCCAGACUCCUCUGAGCUGCUGAUGGAGCCCCCUGAGCCUGCUACCAAGAGACACAGCCCCAACAGAGGUAAAGAGAAUGGUUUUCAUGAACGUCCCCCGGCAGCCUUGGAGCCUGCGGCCAAACGAAUCUGCACCAUCAGCCCUGCUCCCCGACACAGCCCCGCCCACCCUCUGCCCCUUAGCACCCAGCUUCACCCGACCCCUCCACCGCUGCAGCACUACGCUCUGGAUGACAUCGCAGCACCGCACAUCCUGCACCGCGAGCACAGCCAACGCGUGUUGGAGAUCCGGGAACUCAAAGACAGACCAAGGCUCCCUGGCACUAACGGGGGCUACCGCGAGGAGCCGGUGGACCACAGACUGACAGACCGAGAGUGGGCUGAUGAAUGGAGGCAUCUGGACCAUGUGUUGAACUGCAUUGUGGACAUGGUGGAGAAGACGCGGCGGUCAGUGAGCGUGCUCAGGCGAUGCCAGGAGUCAGACCGGGAGGAGCUCAACUACUGGAGGCGGCGUUCCAGCGAGCAGGAGGACCCACGCAAAGGAGGCUCGGCCUCAACUCCCUUCUCCAAGACCCACAGCCCCCACUCUGGCGAGCCGGACUCUCAGCGAGACUUUGCUCCACGGCCAGGCUCAGCAUACGUUACAGACGAGAUCUGGAAGAAAGCUGAAGAGGCGGUGAACGAGGUGAAGCGGCAGGCCAUGGAUGAAGUGCAGAAAGCUGUAGCAGAAGCUGAACAGAAGGCUUUUGAGAUGAUUGCCGCCGAGAGGGCUAAGAUGGAGAAGACUGUGGCUGAUGCAAAGAGGAAGGCUCAAGAGGACGCAAUCCUGGUCAUCAACGAACAGGAGGACUCCAGUGAGUGUUGCUGGAAUUGUGGUCGCAAAGCUAGCGAGACGUGCAGCGGUUGCAACGCGGCGCGCUACUGCGGCUCCUUCUGCCAGCACAAAGACUGGGAGAGGCAUCACCUCAUCUGCAGCCCAGGACUUCAGGCUCAGCCCAAACCAGUUUCUGCCAUCACUGCAAGCAGGACGGCUGCUGUGGCGGCAGCAGCAGCAGCAGCAGCAGCAGCUGGGGUGUCUCCUAUCGGUCUUACCGGGGUCAAGGUCCCCGACAGGGUGCCCUCAGUCUCCAGUCCUGGUGGAGAGAAGGCUUCUGUUGCCUCCCGCUCCUCCACUCCCUCCACCCCGGCAUCGGCCCCUGAGACAAACGGACACUAGCAAGGUGAAGGACUUCAGUGGUGGACGCGUCAACUAUCCUCGUACUUCAUAGGGAAGAACUGAAUCAGCAGGAAGAGGGAACUAUGAGUGGGUUAACUUAGGAUAACAGAUUUGUCAUCAUACUCUUUGGCAGAGAAAAAAAGGACAGAUUAUGGAUGACUGUCUGAGUGAUAUGUCAACUGGGACUUUGGCUUUGGCACAGAACAGAAGGACUCCAAUGCAUCCAUUGGAUGAACAGAUCUCCCUAACAGAUGGAAACGUGUUUGUCUUCGUCCAAAAAAACCCUCAAUCUUGGAUCCAUGGAGGGCGGGGGAAAAAAAAAACUGACGAUUGAUCUGAGUUUAUCUCUGUCUGCGGGAAGGGAGUUCUGAAAGGAAGGCAUGUGAGAAAGGGAGCUUAAAGAAGUGUGAUUUAAAGAUGCCUCCCCCUCAGAACAAUAUUCUCACUUUGUUGUGUAAAAAGUUCAGAAAGAAGCGAUGGGAAAUGUGUUCACAAUAACAGUACCAGCCACAAAGCAUCUGUCUUUUUUCAAAAUCUGACACUCGACUACGCACGAGUCAUCUCUGCAGCUUCUCUGUACACACAAAUAUUUGCUCGCCAACUUCUUGUCAGGUUUUUUCAUAUGUGUGAUUGUCAAACGGUUGUGACGUCAGUGAAUAUUGUACAGCAUAUUUUGUCAAAGCAAUAUCAAAGUGAAGUGUUCAGGUACUUUAAGACGUUUCUGCAUCACCAAAGUUUUCAGUGGCAAAAAAAAGAGAGAGAGAGAAAUGUUGUCUGUAACUGUCAUCACCAUGAAGAGAUGAAUAUACACUUACUCCACAUCAUAUCUACUUUAAUAAGAGCUUACAUCUAUUCACUUCUGUUUUUGAUUGUAAGACAUUUUCAAAGAGCAGAAAGAGGCGCUGUGGUGAUUGGAUCAAGUAAGCGCAGGAAGAUGCAGUUAAGAUUUUAUAAAGGUUGCAGUUUCAUAUUUGGCACUUGUUGACGUCACCAGGUGUGUAUGGCAGGGUCAGAAGUUGCUCCAAAUCUUCAGACAUGGCAAUGUUUGCAUCAGUGCUUUUUAAAAACAGGUGUUAAAAGUGCUGUUUUAAAUCAAAGGAGUUCAAAGGGUCUUCACAUUUUUAUUUGAAUUUACCAAAAAAAAGGAGGCCAUUUUGGUGCUUAUGAUGUCAAAGUAUGGAUUUGGAACAGCGAGUCAGUCCCAUGGAGUAUCUCAGGAGCUAAACUGUAUUUGUUUGUACAGAUUUUUCUUUCCUUUUAUUUCCCUCUGUCACAGUUAGGUUAAAGUCAAAUGUAGUGAGGAACUUUGAUUUAUUGUACUCUGCUGUUUCAUCUGAGACAUUGUUCUUUGUUUGUUGUAAGAUUACUUUGUAAAGAAUAUUAUGAGAGAAUGCCUUUAUUUUGUGAGCCACACGUUUCUUUGUUCUUUAAACACGUUCUUUUGUUAUGGGGCAUAACUUCAUAUGACAAAAAGGAUAUCUUGACAUGAAGUAUGAAAUAAAGAAAUAAAAUUACUUCAAAACUG